AUGACACCAGAUAAAACGAAAACGUCUUAUAUUAUCAAUAUACAGUUGAUGAAGAUUAUUGGAUUUUAUCAAUUACUAGAUCCAAAUGCUACAGCAAUAUAUGGUUGUAAAAUUUGUAAGCUUGGUGGUUAUAUUUCAGUUCUGUUCCUUAUACUGGAUAUUUUAAUGUGCAAUAUAAGUAUAUACCAUUCUCGAUAUGAUUUUGCUGUAGUCGUUAGGUAUAUAAUGAUCAUGUUUGCGCAAAUUUUCACUAUGAUCAAAAUUUUGUUCGUAAUUACUAAAUCUGAUGUAAUAUGGAAGCUUAUAAGUUUUACAUCUAUCGAUUUUUUAUCAUAUAGUGGUCACCAAAAAUGUAUUCUAAUGAAUGCUCGAACCAAAUCCAUAAGGAUUUCAAAUAUUUUUACAAUGUUUUGGAUAGUUUUUGUAGCAUUAUUGGUUGUUCCUCCAAUCAUAAUAAAUGACAAUAAUUAUUUAAAUAUUAAAUCCAAAGAUAGUACACUCAAUCAAUAUCGAUACAAUGUGCUCAAUUUAUUAUUUUCAGUGUCAACCCAAUUUUACAAUGAUAACUUUAACGUAUUUUAUUUAUUUGAGACCAUGUCUCUAACGUUACAUGGAUAUUCGAUGGUUAUUUUUGAUUGUAUGUUAAUUUCUUUUUGUAUAACCAUCAGCUUUCAGUUAAAAAUGAUUGCAUCCUCAUACAAAACAUUAGGAUAUAAUGAUACCAAUACCGAUCAAAUUAAAAGUGAAGACGAUCAGUCCAUAAAUGAAAAACCUAAGGAUUUAAUUAAUUUGGUACUAAUAAUUAAAGACCAUCAAAAAUCAAUGAAGAAAAUUCAUGAAAUUUAUGACGUAUUGCGUCCUAUAAUACUUGUUGAAUUGUUGUCUGAAGGAGUAUUAAUGUCAUUAAUCCCUUUUGUAAUUCUUUUGAAUGCAAAUAAAGGUGUUCCACUGACAUCACCAGAAAGCAUCAAGUUUAUCUCAGGUUCUGUAAUUACGACCAUUCAUUUAUUCUUAGCAUGUUAUUUAUUCAGUGAAAUCGACAAAUAUAAUGAUGCAAUAAAUGUUGCUUUAUAUAGUUGCAAUUGGACAGAAAUGAACAUUAAGUUCAAGAAAUUGUUAUUGCUUACGAUGGAAAUUAAUAACGCAAACAACGUUAAGCUCAAUGUAUCAACAAAUAUUAUUGUCAACUUACAAUUAUACACAAAUAUUAUUCAUACUACUUACAAAAUACUAUCAGUUAUAAAUUCAUUAUUAAAUUAG